GGACGUUUCACUCGCUGCUGGGAAUACUACUCCAAGAAUCAGGUCACCGGUGGCUUGUAGCCCGCGAGUACUCGCGACGCAGUUGUAACGAUACUCAAGUCGAUACUCCGGUGUAGGACUCAGGCAAUCCGGUCACGCGUAUGAACCCCCUACCUCCCUCCCCCCCGGAACGAAGAAGAGAGGUGCUUCUCCCCUACGGGUUGCUGGCCCUGUAUAUAUUAUUGAUCACGGCUGUUUUAGCGUGAUGCUCAGGAAAAUGUCCCAUUGACUGCCCUUGACCCACUUCCAGUAGGCACUCGAGGCGGAUUUGAAGCGUACAUUUCACCUCUUUUUUUUCGCAAAUCUUUUUAUCCGACAGUACGAAACCACAUAUUAAUUAAUCUAAUUGACUUUCCGGUGAGUGGCAUUUAAAUAAAAUCGAUAUAUCUGGAGCUCAGAUCGCGUUCGGUUCAUUGUUCAGUUCUUCAAGUCGUUUGCUGAUGGAAUAUUGACGCAAAGAGCUAAUUACAUCUUGGAGGAUCUUGGCGCCUCUUCAGUGGUCAUUACGACCCGCUGGUACCAUGACUUCACUAAGUCUCAAAGUCAAGACAAAGUCAGUAAAUAGCCUCACUUGAACGAAGGUUUGAAAAAUGCAAACUUUAAGUCCGUUGGUCGCAGGAUAUCAGCCUCGUUACUCAACCAUACCACCAUAAAAUUAAUGCAUGAAGGAAAAAAAAUGCCAGUCAAAUUAUCAUAAAGUGAUAACAAAGAGUGAUUAAGGAUAUCAAGAGAGAAAUACAGAAGACUUUUAAACAGCUUAUACGUCUUCCUCAGUACAGUGAUUUCGCCUGUAACGCUUACAGAAUACAGCCAGCCAAAUAUCUAUCCUCCAAACAGGUACAAAUUACUUUCCACUUGCGUGUAAGUGUAAGUGAAUCUACCUCGCCUCCUCUGACUUUAUUAAUUAGGAAACGUUACUCGCAAACUCACUCCCAACACAGGAGAAGAAAUUGAGGCUUUUAAGCACCAUUUAAUGAAAGGCUUACGAGUUGGAGCGGACACGAACCAGACUCAAACAAGCGGUCAAGGUCCAUGAAGUCCGUGCUCAAGCCCUGACACAGGCCUCGUUAAGCACCAAGGUGGUAGUUGGACUCGAUAUGAAACGAGUUUUGAGUAUGGCACCCUGGAGCCACUGUUCACACAACAGCACCAACAGUAGAUCACAAAAUAGCAGCAACGGUGUGAACAGGAACAACAUACUUAAGAUCAGAGGCAGUAUAAGUAUUAGUAAGAGCGAUAUAAGUGUCAAGAGGGGCAGUCUAAGUGCCAGAAAGGGCAGUAUAAGUGCCAGGAGGGGCAGUCUAAGUGCCAGAAGGGGCAAUAUAAGUGCCAGGAGGGGCAGUAUAAGUGCCAGGGGGGCCCGCGUAAGUGUCAACAACACCCAGACGAGCAUCACAAGCAUGGGACUACUGGUGGUAGUGGUGGUAGCGUUGGCCACCUUUGGGGCAGGAAGUGAACUACCCGACCGAGAGUGCUGUGACUCUGCCCCGCCACCACCACCACACUACCACACCGUCACCUCCACCACCACCACCACCACACCGCAGCCACCCACUUACGUGGCAUGCUCGACGGUGACAGUGUCAAGGUGUCAGGCGGCACUGAGGACGCUGGUACAGUUCCCGUGGUUCCAGCCAACCUGCCUGUGCCGGGAGCCGAGACUCGACCCCCAGUGUAACGCCUUCAGGGACCUCGUCUUCGACCACCCCUGCGUCUUCGUCACCAGGAAAGAGGUGGACAUGCACCCGUUAAGCUACAUCCCCAACUGUGAGGAAGCUGCAGACAUAUGCCGCAACAACCCCUGGUGCAUGCAGCGAUUCGAUCUCUUCCGCGAUACGUGCAAGUUCCGUGAGGGCCAGUGCCGCAAUCCCGAUAGGGAAGACUGCCUGAAGGCCUGGCUACAAUUGAGGGAGACGCCCCUGCUGGGAUGUAUCUGUCCUGACGGCCUCGAUAAGAAGUGUUCCCGCCUCUACUCCCUCGUCAAUGAGAACCCUUGUGUUGGGGAGAGUUACCCCGGGCGUGUGGCUCUCAUGUCACGGGUGAGUGCCGCCCUGGGCACCCAGCUCACCCGGCCAGUGCCAGUGCCAACAGCUGCUGCCACACUCCUCAUCAUCUCCUCCUCCCACGCCGCUGAACCCUUCUAUCCCCUCUCCACCAUCCACCACUUCCACCAGCACCUUCCAGUCUCCAAGUCUGACCACAACGUGUCGCUGGAGCAGCUCAAGCACGUGGCUGGCACCUGUCAUUCUGCCCUCGAGGACUGCAUGGCUGACUCAGGCUGUCGGAGUCACCUGGAGAUGGUGAGCAGCCACUGCGACACCGCCUACUGCCACAAGGACGCCUGCAGGAGCUCCAUCCAGGACAUCUACAAGUUCCUGCUGGAGACCAACCAAGACCUCGCCCUCAAGAUCGCCCUCUGCGUCUGCAGCGACCGGAGUCAGACGAGGUGUGUACAGGGCCAGCGACGGCUCCACCCGCCCUGCGCCCGCUUGUCCCAGUCAGUGUCGGACAGUCAGUGUCACAACCUGGGCCGUGACUGUCGCUCCGACCGUGUCUGCAGGUACAGGCUGGAGCACUACGAACUGUCGUGUGCAGCAGACACCAUGACGGGACGGUGCGCUGGCCAGCACCAGGAGUGCACUAAGGCCAUGCUGGGACUCCUGGGUACCGACCUCCACACCAACUGUGUGUGUAAGGGCAGCGCCUUCCAGGACAUCAACCAGUGCCUGGCCUGGAAGCGUCUCCUCUGGGGCAACCCGUGUGUAGUUGAGUCGCAGUUGACGUAUCACCUGGCGCACCUCGGACUGGACGCUGACAUACUGGUGUCCUCCUUCACCGACGACCACCACCAGCAGGUCGACCCACACGACCAAGCAGGAGAGAAGGGUCCUUCGCCCCAGUAUGCGGUGGGUCGUGGAGACGGCUACAACGACCACGAGUCCCCGGACGACCAGAACGACGCUGACGCCGAGUUGAUCCAGGUGGACGACUCCCGCCUGCAGGCGAGGAAAGUGGGAAGCACCGCCCAGAGUGACCCCACACUGCCCCAGGUCGACCUGGCCUCGCCGCCCUCUACCACAACUACCAGUACCACUACAACGGCUACCACCACUCUGCCAGAGAAAUACUGCUUGGUGAAGCGGGCCUGGGAGCCCUCCGCACACGUUAUUGAGGCGGGCAGCAGCAUCCGGCUUUACAAGGAAGGAGACGAAGACUGCUCGGAGCUGUGCUUCUGUGACAAUGACCAGCAGACCAAGUGUAAGGUGCUGGACUGCCUGGAGAGCCGGCCCUGUGAGACCACUUUCGCCGUCUACAACCACAACGCCCCCGCCUACCAGAUGUCCCGAGGGGCGUGUCUCUGCUACUCAGGAGAUUUCAUUUGCCAGCGACCCAGACCAGAGGAGUACGACCUGCCGACGGGACUGUUCCUGCUGGUGGGGUUCAGCAGGACGGAGGAGGCGCUCCUAAGGAACGUGACGGGCGGCUCCGCCAUCGACGCCCUCAUCCCGCUCCAGCUCAUCUUCAGGACCAUCUCUGCUGAUAUGGGAGAGGAGUGCCGGCUAGAGGUGUUCCAGCAGACUGUGGGUAACCUGGUGUUGCAGGUGAGGCACUACCAGGUGUCUUCCGGCGUCACCAACACCACCUACUCCCGCUACAUGAUGCAAGAGGAGCGGAACCGGUGCGAGAAGCCAGUCACCAAGGUAGCAGAAAUGAUCAACAAGAGAGCUCCCAGAAUCCUUCACGACGUGCGUCUCUCUCUCUUCGUGUUGGCGGAAGUCAUCGACAACGUUCCCAGCCCUCAGCGGAUCAGCGGUGGGCUGCCGGGGCCCCGCAGCGUGGGCGUGAGGGCGUGCUGGUGGGCGUGGGUCACGGGCGCCGCGUUGGCGUUGGCGGGAAAACUACACACAGGAGACUGGGGGGUCGCCAUCUUGUGAUAGCUCCAUUUUCAUUUGAUAGCCUAAGCUCCUUCCUGAACUCUUGAGCGAGAAAAAAAUACGAAAAAAUAUAUAAAAAAGGAUUGUUGUAAAUAUUAAUUAACUGUAGAGUGUUAAUUGGAUGAAGAUUUACUUUUGAUGCGUGUGUAAAUAAGCAAAGUAGGACUAAAUUAUUAUAGCGCAAUAACUGAUACUGGCUUAGCCAGCUAUCUGUGUAAGUGAUUAUAUUUUGAGUUUGUCGUGGUAGUCAUGAGAUAGCUGCACCUAGACUGAACUGCGUAUACGCUGUUGGUACCUCCGCACCUGGACAAUUGGUUGCUGCUGCUGCUGCUGCUGCGGCGCUCUGUGGGCAGCUGUCACCCUUCCACUAUAGCACCUGGACCACUGGCUGCUGCUGCUGCUGCUCCUAAGCUUUGGGAGCCGCUGUCAGCUCCCCCCUUCCCCACCGCCCCCACACUAGCACAUUAAGUGACGGCACUCCAUUCCCCCCUCCCCAUAAAAAAAAUGUUUUUUUAUAUAUGCGCGUAGAUCGAAGAUGUCUCCGCGGUGUUGCUGCCAAUCUGCUUUCCUCAGUCAGUCUGCUGCUAGUCAUUAACAGGAGCGUCAGCUGAGUCCUAAGUUCUACAGUUUGUUUCAAAAAUAGUCUCGAGCCCAGGUCCCAAAGAUUACCGUUAUUGUCCUGACAAAUACAAUGCUAAAAAGCCAGACGAGGCUGCAUUUAAACCCCAAGACACUACAAUUAAGUCCUAAUAGUGGUCAAUAGUUAAAAUCCUGGUAGAGGCUUCACCGAAAGUCCUAGAAAUGGGCUAGGAUUACAGGUAGUCCUGGCAAGGGCUAGUGGUAGUCUUAGCAAGGGAUACAGGUAGUGCUGGCAGGGGCUGCAAGUAGCCUUAGCAAGGGCUACAGGAACUCUUAGAAGGGAGUGCAGGUAGUCCUGACAUGGGCUACAGGCAGUCCUAGCAAGAGCUACAGGUAAUUCUAGCAAGGGCGACAUCACGUGAUCUCGGCAGCAUCUAAAGACCAGACACACUACCGGCAGUGAUGCUUACUUCGUCCUUUUCUUUAUAUAAGUUUUCAUUUUCCUUUGCAUUUUGUGUGUACAGCAGAACAUUUGUUAAGCAGCAGAAGCUGUAAGGGUCUUCCCUCCCACUGACACGGUGGGAGGGGGCACCGUGGGGGUGGGAGGGGACACUUUAGGGUGGGAGGGGGACACACUGAGUGUGGUAAGCUACAGAUUUUGGCAACUCGUCCUCAGGCAAAGUCCAAUCCAUCCAGCGGUCGACCCCAAAGAUGCAUUCAUCAAUUUUAACAUAAUAUUCAUUCAAAAUAGGAAUUUUCUCAAAUAUAAAUUAAUAUUGGUAGGUAUUAGAAUACUGUGCAGAUUUAAGCAUUGGUUAGGUUAGGUGUUUAGGUUCUGUUGGCGAUUAUUUGUAUUUGUAGUACGUGGGUGAAGCAUUUACAGCGUUGUGGUUCGAACAAAAUUCGUCAGUGAAGCACUUGUUCCGGAAGUGUUCGAACGUCAACAGUUGUGAGUCGUGUGUAAACGGUUUUUCAUUCAUAAACAGCGGGGGGGGGGGGGGUUGGCGGGUGCAUGGAAUGGACUUUGGCCUUUGUUUAUGAUGACGGGCUGCGAGAUUAGUUCCACACACACCUGAACCACUGAAGCGGGGCUAGUGGUUCACACACACACCUGAACCACCGGAGCGGGGCUAGUGGUUCACACACACACCUGAACCACCGGAGCGGGGCUAGUGGUUCACACACACACCUGAACCACCGGAGCGGGGCUAGUGGUUCACACACACACCUGAACCAUCCCAUCUUCAGCAGUAACCUAUGUAAUACUGUGUCAGAGUUGUACUUAAAAGUGUGAUGUCAAUACACAGAACCAACGGAACACUGUAAAGAAACACUAAACAAUAAAUAACUCGACUAUAUAUAUAUAUAUA